AUGGGCAAUAAGAGCUUAUACAAUAUCGACUCAAUCGGAAUGACUACAGUAAUGGCAACUAUGGGAAGUAGUGCUUCUAAUGUUUUUUAUUGUAGAGCACCCUGUGUUAUCAACGAUGCUCCCGUUGUCACUCCAGCCCCAGAGGUCACAGAGACCUACCCUCCGAUUACGUAUCCACCUGAGACCCCCGCUACAGAGCCCCCAACGCUGGUUGCUUCUGAUGCUGCUCAACAUCAACAGGUCGCGACACAGUAUCCUCUGACAACCACAUGUGUAAUGUAUAUGGCUGUGCCAGCUUCGUCUUGCGUUUGCCUGCCACAAUACGACCAAUGUGCUCAGAACAUUUGCUGUCUGAAGGCGAAAUUCCGCAGUCAUAAGGCCGUUGCCACCCAUCAGACCAAAGAACCAAGCACGGUCGACAUGCUCAUGAAUAUCUUGAAGAAAAUCAAGACAAAGCUCAACGACUAG